UAGUAGUAGUAGUAGUAGGAGCAGGAGCACCGACCUUAUGUUGCGCGUUGGGUGCCGCACGUGUAAAUAAGCAGAGCGUAUUUUGCGAGUUCAAGGAGAAAGCGCAGGAAGCUGCCCGCGGUCCAGAGUGGCGGGUGAGCUGGCUUGCCUCGCGGGCUACAUGGCGGGGUACCUGAAGGCGGCGGCCGCGGGGGCGGGCUGCGCCCCCAGCUCGGUAGUCGGCUCGCAGUACCACCACCAGGCCGUGACCCAUCACCAUAGCCACCCGGGCGCCCAUCAGAUCAGCAUGUCGCAUCCUCAUCACGGUCCGGGUCACCAUCCGGGCCUCUCGGGGCCCUUCCUCGGUGGCCACGGGCACCCGCACGCCCAUCCUCUGGACACUCACGGGCUGGUGGCGGCCUUCCCUCAAGGCAUGAAUCAACGGAAGCAGCGUCGCGAGCGGACGACGUUCACCCGAGCCCAGCUCGACGUCCUCGAGGGAUUAUUCUCCAAGACGAGGUACCCCGACAUCUUCAUGCGCGAGGAGGUUGCCGUGAAGAUCAGUCUGCCCGAGUCCAGGGUGCAGGUGUGGUUCAAGAACCGACGCGCCAAGCUUCGCCAGCAGGCCCAACAGCACCAACAACAACAACAACAACAACAACAACAACAGAACUCUGGGGAGCAAAAAACCGCUACCCGGACGCAGUCUAAUCAGAAUCAAAACUCCACCGCUGGCACCGGUGGCAACAAAUUAUCUAACGGGCCCACAGCCAACAAUGGCAGUCUCGCGACGGUCAAUCGGCGAACCUCGCCGUGCUCGCCACCUCGUGGCAAGGAGGCGCCCGGGCCCCACUCGCCUCUCGUAACGACCACGACGACGACGAGCGCCGCGGUGACGAGUGGCGUUGGUGGUAGCGGUGGCGGUCCCCCGGGUCUCGCCAAUCCCGCGACAUAUCCGCGCCUCGGCGCCACUCCCGGGGCCGCGAGCAAUGCCAGCAGCGCUCUCACCACACCCUCGCCGCCCCUCACCCCGGGUUCGAACAAUCACCUGCCGUCCGCGGUCGCUUCCUCCGGCUACGCCAAUCAGCUUCACCAGCACCAUCCGGCCCAGGUCGAUUAUGGUCACUUUGCGUGGACGCCCUCAGCUAGUCCGAGCGCCGCCGUUAAUAGCCAAUGUUACCCGAGCCAGGCUUACAACGCCUACCAGAACCCCUACACCUCGGGUGAUUACUAUCAGAGCCAAAUAUCGCACGUUCACUCCCAGGCGGCUGCCAACUACCAUCACGGCCAGUACCAUCACCAUCACCACCAUCACAACAUGAGCCUCGCCUCGAGCGUCUCGCAUCAUCAUUUGAGCGCGGGAGGCCCGGGCCUCGUCGACGAGACCCUCGAUUACGUGCUACCCGAGCACAAGUACCAAGCGAUGGUCUAGCGUCAGUCAAGCUGGUCGGUGCGUCUUCAAGACGGAGUUAGGCGCGCUGGAGCCGCGACUCACCCAGCGUGAGACGAUGGCACCCACGCACCCACGCUCGAACGCACAUUAGCACAGCGCUCCCCUCCCCGCUCAUGCACAGACGGACGGACAGAUACGGGCUCAAGUAUAGUGUGAGUAUGAGAGAGAUAGGUGGAUAAAUAGAUAGAUAGAUGGGUAGAUAGAUUGAUAGAGUGAU